AUGUCACCGGACAAGCUAUCUGCUAAGGAGUUCAAGAAUUUGCUUUCGGAAUACGAACCUCUCCUCGAGUCCAUUUCAUCCACCAAAGGCGCCAAGCCUGGCCAAAAGACCCUGAAAGAGUUGGACCAUUUCCGAUUUGUUGAGGCCCCGGCACAGUUUUCUGAGUAUGAGCCGAAGCGUGUGAUGGACCAUGACGACGUCAAACUCCUAGUGGAAUGGAAGCUCCGUCAUGGGACAUUCCGUCCAACGCUCAUGAAAUUCGUGUCAUCCAACGAGUCUUCGACUGUUGCGAAGACUAUCCAGAACGCCAUUGCGAGUUAUCAAAGUACAUCGGACCUUUCAGCGGCUUUGGGCAUCCUGACCAAGUUGAAGGGCAUCGGUCCCGCGACAGCUUCGCUUCUUCUCGCGGUACACUUUUCUGAGAAAGUCAUGUUCUUCUCCGACGAGGGAUACUACUGGAUGUGCAACAAUAACCAAAAAACAUCACUCAAGUACAACAUGAAGGAGUACGAGUCUCUCAACAUCCAAGUAGAAAAGCUCACCAAAAGACUCAACGUGUCUGCUCUAGACGUGGAGAAAGUAGCCUACGUCAUUUUCCACCAGGAAGGAGUUGACCCCAAGCUGGCGCUCAAACGCAGCCUUUCAAAGGCUGCAAAGACGGCCGCUCCGCAGACAAAGCCGGCAGCACCGGAAAAAAGAAAGAAGAGCCCCGAAGAUGUAGUCGAGGACAAGAUGCCACGACUAGGAGUAUCCCCCACCGUUGAGCCGCGGCGACCCGACCUUUUCCCGGCCCCGCGUGAUCCUGACCCCGGAACCUUGUCGGCGGCGGGGCCCGAUGCCAUCGCUCUAGGAACAUGCUCCAACUCGUCCAUUUCACGAACAAAUACAACACGGAGCUUCUGCAAGUACCACCCGGUACGUUGCAGCUAUUCACGCUGCAACAUGGAGGACGACAUGUUCCAAAAUGAAUAUGGGCAAGGCGAUGACACGUCGCCACUGCCGGACCUGGAUUUCUCAUCCAUCUCAGACGACCUACUUUCUCAGUUCCUCUCACCUUUUGAUACCCCCAGUCUGCUUUGGUCACAGUCUUUUCCCAUAGCUCUGGACAAUCACCCACGAGGAUUUAUGCGUGCCGACGAAAUCUUCACCGAGAAUGGCGGACCCAUCCCGCUGCCACCGAGGUUCGCUCAGAUUAAACGGAGCCUGGUCGCCGGCAAGGAGCACGCCAUAGUGCAAUCAUGGGAACGCUUAUUAGUAGCUCUUCGAGCCGAGAUCGCCGUCAUUGGCGUCAGAAAAUCAGACAUUAUCCCGACCAUCGACUUCUCGGAGCUCCAAAAUCAUGCCCGCGUGUCCGAGUUCACCGCCAAGCUCCGGCGCCGAGGUGGUGCCAUCAUCCGCAACGUCGUACCGGCCUCCGAGGCUCAUGCUUGGCGCGAAGAGACGGAGACGUAUCUGUCGGAGAAUCCGCAAACCAAGGGCUGGCCGACGCGCGACCCACACUUGUUCGGCAUCUACUGGUCCCCGUCACAGAUCAAGGGCCGAGCCCAUCCCAACGUCUUGGCCGCUCAGCGAUUUCUAAUGCGGCUUUGGCGCUCUCGGGACCCCAGCGCUCCUGUAGUAGCCGAUCUACCGGUGGCAUACGCUGAUCGUCUUCGGAUUCGAACUCCAGGCGACGAAGCCUGGCAUUUGAAUGCUCAUGUGGACGGCGGCAGUGUCGAGCGGUGGGAGAGUGAUGGGUACGGGAACGCCGGGACGUACCAGCGCAUAUGGGAUGGCAAAUGGGAGGACUAUGACCCCUGGGACAGCAGCACGCGGCUCAGAGUAACUUCAGACCUCUACAACGGCGCGGGCUCAUGUAGUAUGUUCCGCAUGUUCCAAGGCUGGCUUUCCAUGUCCGACAUCGACCCGGCCGACGGCACACUCCUGCUUUGCCCCAUGCUCCAACUCGCUACCGCCUACUUCCUCCUACGCCCCUUCUUCUCACCGCGCAACCCCUCUCCGACGUCUCCCAACUUCCUCGCACGCGAGAAUUGGGCGUUGGACUUUGCCCAGACGAGCAUCAUCCAGGGCGCCGUCCCUUCCUACACACAAGAGCUUAACUCGGCGCUCCACCCCCAUCUCCAGCUAGACAAAUCCCUCGUGCGCAUCCCGCCCGUGCGGCCGGGCGACUACGUCGUGUGGCACCCGGACAUGGUAUACGGCGUCGACAGGGUGCCGACGUCGUCCGCGCCCGCGACCAUCAUGUACAUCCCGGCCUGCCCCCUGACGCAGACCAACGCGCUGUACCUCGCCCGCCAGCGGAAAGCGUUUCUCCUCGGCCAGCCGAGCCCGGACUUUGGGGGCGGCAAGGGGGAGACGACGCACACGGGCCGGCCUGGCACGCAGGAGGUUAGCGACGCGGGUGGGGAGGACGGGUUGAGGGCUAUGGGUUUGCUGCCUUGGGAGGAUCAGGAGAGCAGGAGUCCGACGGAGAAGGCGCUGGUUGGGAUGGCGAAUGCGAUUCUGUUUCCAGAGAGCUAUGAUAUGGUUUGA